UCCAUGGAAACAGCCCCGUAGGAAGUUCGAAGGAUAGGAAGGGGUACGACCAGAAACCAAAAUUCCUAUGUCCCAUGGAAACAGGACGCUGGUGCGGGACUUACCAACUUAGCAGCACUAAGCUAAGUAUUAGUGGGACGAGCAUCGGACGAGCAUCCCUUAGGUUGCCUUAGGAUUCGGACCGAAACCAACCAUAAGCCAUAGAAACACCCCUAAUACGUUGCUCAAAAUGGCAAAGAACCUUAAGCGACAAAACGAUGGAGGUCUUGGGACGCCUGCAGCAUUUCUGUGGCUGGGCGACAAGCUAUCAGUAUUUGUCAGCAAAAGGCAUAAGCAGAUGAGCUUAGGUCCCUUCCUGCGGACCCCUGCAGACGCUGAGGAGACGCCUGUGAUCCAGGCGAAGCCCAACCCUUCUAUCAUAUCGACGACUGGACUACAAAAGCUUGGGCAACUUCACAUCCGGACCCAGCAGAAGCAACAGCCUAGCUAUUUGACGGAUGCUUCCACCGAAGGACGGCCGGAGGUUCGGGCUGAGCCGCGGCAACAAGAACCAGCUUUCACCAAGGAUGACGACGCCUUUAUCAUUUCCACGAGCCAGACCUAUGAACGGACGCAGCCCGAUCCUUGCUUAGGCUACGAGUCAGCAGCUUAUGAUGAUGUGGAGUUGUCCCUGCGCCGCACGCAACACUACCAAGCCACCAGCUCCACGCAGUACUACAGUCAAAAGCACGAUUCCAACGUCAGAACCGCUGCGGCGGCUGUCGCGGAUAGCUCCAGCGUCCCUGUUACCUCUUCCUCCACGCCCGCCCAUGAGGCCUACCUGGUCAACAGCAUGGGUUGCACGGAGCAUCCCUCCGUGAUGGAAGCCAACAACAUUGAGGGCAAGGGGUCAAACCAGAGAAACAACGCGGAGGCAGGACCCUCUGGGAAGCAGCCGGCGCACUUCGAGUCAGCCCAUCUGCCCCCCCACAGUACACACGCGCUGUUGCCAUAUGCUUCCACGGGCCCCGCCGUGACGCCAGAGCUGCAGGCAGGGGAAGGCGUCUCGUGUGUUGCGGUGAUGGCAACAGGGGAUGUCGCGGACAACGGCACCACGCCGCCUCAAAUCUCGCUACCGAUGUUUUCCAUUUUCACGCAGGCGAGAGUGGCCAGGCGGCAUCGGCCCAUCCACCUCAUUCGGCACGGCGAGUCGGAGUACAAUCUCGCAUGCAAGAGGCGCGGCGGCUUUGGCGACCCCAGCGACAUUUUCGACGCACGGUUGACGCCCACUGGCGAGAAACAGGCGCGUGGCCUGCGGCCUCAGCUGCUUGAUCUGAUGCAGCAGCACGGCGACCCGCUCUUCAUCGUGUCACCGUUGUCACGGGCCAUCGAGACCUUCUUGCACAUGCUGCCGGACCCCCAGCGCCUGCAGAUACCCGCCAAGGUGGCAUCGCAGCCGUCGGCCAGGUCGAGGGAGGGGGCGGCGGCGGGGUCAAGUGGCGGUUGCAACUUGGACGUGAGCUCCAAGCCACUCGACCUUGUCAUCUGCCCGUUUUUAACGGAGUUCCUGCUGACGUCAGGCGACGUGGGGCGGCCGCGGUCGGUGCUCAUUGAAAGCUACCCCCAGAUAGCUGAGAACCUGCGCAACGGGCUACACUGCGAGCGCUGGUGGUACGAGAAUGCCAGCCGCGGGCCAAACUGCGCCAUCAACAAGGCGCUCAACAGCACAGAGCCAGAAAGGCUCUCCAAGGCCCGCGUGGACCGCUUCCGGCAGUUCCUGUUGUCCCAGGCGCACCGGCCCAUCGUGGUGGUGGGGCACGCCAACUUUUUCCGGACGCUGACGCACGACAGCGGUUACAUGGGCAACUGCCAGAUGAUGGCAUGGGCGCCAUGAGUGGGGCCGAGGUUAUGGGCCCAAAGGUGUGGCAGGGCAACGUGAGGUAGCGUAAGAGUCCUGUCCGUAUGCGGGAGGACAAGUACUGUAUGCUGUUCCGGCUUUGGUAGAAUUGGCUGGUCGGUAAUGGAUUUUACCGAGACGAAAUAACUUUCCGAUAAUGUUUACAACUAAAAGCGUUUUACGGCA